AAUGUAGACUACUUAAAGAAAAAUCAACAGCUUGGUAAUGAGACUCGCAAAUUGGAAUUCAAGCGAGGCGGUGGUAGUUACCUCAAGAAUAUCCUGAAGACUGAUGUUGGGACGUACAUGAGUGCUUUCUUAAAUAGUAGUGGAGGUACUCUACUCAUCGGUGUGGACGAUGAAGGUUUUGUACAGGGAAUUUCUUUAGAUCAUAAGGCAGAGGACAAAGUUAGACGGGACAUUGAUGGCGUCAUGCGUAGAAUAGAACCUGCUGUGCUUCCAAAUAUCUACUCGGUGUCAUUCAUUCCAGUACAAGAUAAAAUACAAUGUAAUCUGAAAGUUAUCAAAAUUACUGUUGGUGCUGUUAAAACUAAGAUGUUAUAUGAAAGUCCAGGAGGGGGUGUGUUCAUUAGACGUGAUGGCAGUAUUCAGGGACCUCUUAAAACCAAAGACCUUCAAGAAUUGUGUCACAUG